CAUAUCUUCUCGUCAUUGUUGUUUCUGUUCCGUUUCACGUAUACGUUGAUCGGUUACGCAAUGUUCGUCAUCCUCCAAGCUUGGCGCACACACGGCAGCUGGAGCGAAGCAAAGGGACGGAAGGAACCUGAGACGAUUAUCGGUCCAGGACACAACGACAGUCGCAAGUUUCUCAACCGAAGCGUAUCAGGUCCGUCCUUCGCAUCAUUUUCCCCCGGCCCGGGGAACUGAUGUAGUUGUGGGUUGAUCAAUGAUUCUUUUGCUUCCGAUACAUACGCGUACAUACGCAAUGGGCUCUACUCGUGCACUACAAUACUUGACGGUUUCGGCAUAUCCAUCAUCUCCACACAGCAACACUUUUUGGGAACGGAGACCGCUAACCAGGUCGGAUUCGCUUCCAAUAUCGCGGGAAAUGAAUUACAACUCUGCUGCCGUGGAUACGAAAACCUGCCCCAGGAAGGUUCACAGUGGAUUCUAACAUGGGUAGUUUAUGGCUAGUGCACAGCAGCAGUUCUCGCCAAAACUCAGAAGGCAAACAGCUGGGCAGGGCUCCUCAGCGUCGCAAGUCAUUCUCUCGCCCUUCUGGAAGAACUUGGCACGCAUAGAGCAAAACAAGCAGCAGGCAGCAGGCACCCCACUAACCCUCCAUUCUCCAGGAUUCCUGAGAAGAAAACGAAGCGGAAAACGUAACAGCUUGCGUCGUGUUCCGCUCACGGGCUUCGCUACCGGAAUCGGGUUGACCCUCCGAAGUUUUGGGUUUUUGGGAAAUGGUCCGCUACGCCGCUACGCCGUACAUAGUAAUGGUGCACUCGGUCCUCGUCGGUGGGGGGGGGAAUGGAACUUGGAAAAGAAUAUUCCAUUUUCCAUGUUUCCAUUCUUAGGACUGGCGUUCUCGACGAUGCCCUGCGACGGAGUUUGGGUGGGAGCAGCUGAGGUGAGACUGCUAAGGAACACCAAGUGGGAGCCGAGAAACACGAUGGGAGAAGGAAAAACAGAGGAACGAAUGGACGAGAAGAGCGACAAGAAUAUCCAUUCUGUGAAUGAAGGCAUUUGCGGACGGGACUAUACCACUACGUAGAGAUAGAUGGACGCCGCGCACCAUACAGCGAUGGUACGGUGGCCAUUCCCAGAAGGAUUAAAUGAAAAUGACGAUAUAGCAGCGAAUCAUUCGGCGACUUGUUCGGC